UCGGCCUCGUAACAAAUCUCACCCAUGUCGAGUCGAGCGCGAGAGACAGGAGCGUAAGCUUGUCCGCGAUCGUUUGUCCGCGUUCGACGGCUCUUUCGAAUAGCGUGCGUGUGCGAUCGGUCGAUGGCACGGUCGGGAAAAUAGUCGUAUCUCUCCCAGCGAGGUUCGAAAAGUGAGACACGGAAAGAGUGGCGGCCGAGGUGUAACAGAAAGACCGCGAGGAAGACUUGCUCGGUGUUAAUCCGGGCUCGUGUGUGGGCACACAAUAGCCGAACGGGCAUACUGGUGGUGACACGACUGCGGACUUUUCCUUAGACGAGGACCAAGAACAUACGAGACUCGCCAAGUGCACGGUGACCGUGUGUGCGUGUCACCGGGAAAACAGUUUCAGAGCCGCUACGGCGGCGCUCCCCGAAUCGUAACCACAGGAAUCAAGUUCGUGGCGGUGGUGAGGCAGGCCUGUCGCGGUCUGUCUAUCGGGCCACGAGAGAUUGAAACGGUACGAUCGCACGCGGCGGGGCCGUUUGUAAUGGAGGUGGUUUACGAGUGUGUUACCGUGCAAGUGAACAGGUCACGGCGAUGCACGCCGUAUUGACUGAGACGCGACAUUUAUCUGUGACUGUUUCUCCCGGCCGGCCGGGUGAGAAGAAAGCCAAGUUGAAAUUGAUAUGGAAUCGUCCAGGAUCUUCGACGCGACGAACACUCGCUUCCGUCUGUGAUAACCACUAGCCGCAUAGAAACAGGUAGAAACCAGAAGAAGAAUAUAAAGAAAAAAGAAGGGAAAAAGAGAUAUCCGUGCAAGCGUUUGCGCGCGUGUUACUCCUCCUUUCCUUACCUUUCUUCGCUUCGGUAUCGAGUGUAAACAAUUUCUCACGAAAUCUGCUUGGAGGUUAGGAUAGCAUGGGGAUUGAUCCCCUGAAGGCAUCGACCGACGGACCGUGACACCUGCGACUCGCCGCGUACACGGUGUGUGUCCCUCGGGUCUGUGGGUGUGUGUGUGCGUGCGUGCGCGUGUAUCCCCAGGAAGCCGCUCGAGUGAUAUUUCCAUCGGCGGUUGUCCCGAGGGAAGUACACGAAAAAAAAAAAUAUGUCAAGAAUGGGGAUCGAUCCCCGAUACGACAACGUACGACGUCGCGAACACUGAUAAUCGACCAGGGGGGGUUUGUUGUUCGACCUGUCCCAGGAGGGAGAGUAUUUCGAGCGUGUUCACAGCAGUUGAACGGACUGUCGCGGGAUAUAUACUCUGCCACGACGGUGGACACUAACGUAGCAAAAUGCAGAAAAGGGACGGCAGAGAUACGCGCGAGAAGGAGCUCGCGCGUAACUCUGAACGCGAACAGGAAGCCGCCAAGAGGACCUCCCGUGGAAGCGGUAACGCCGCCAGAUCCAAUGUGCAUUCCUCGAGGCACAGUGGCACGUCCUCGGCCACCCUGGUACAGAUGGUGGGUCCCAACUUCCGCGUCGGCAAGAAAAUCGGCUGUGGCAACUUCGGCGAACUCCGACUCGGGAAGAAUGUCUACAAUAAUCAGCACAUAGCUAUUAAAAUGGAGCCGAUGAGGUCGAAGGCACCGCAACUUCAUUUAGAAUAUAGGUUUUACAAAUUAUUAGGUACCCACGUAGAGGGUAUACCGGAAGUAUAUUACUUCGGCCCAUGCGGGAAAUUCAACGCCAUGGUAAUGGAGCUGCUUGGCCCGAGUCUGGAGGACCUCUUCGAUCUCUGCGGGAGGAGGUUUACGCUGAAGACAGUUUUGAAUAUCGCCACACAACUCCUCCAUAGGAUAGAGUACGUUCACAGUCGUCACCUGAUCUACCGGGACAUCAAGCCGGAGAACUUCCUGAUAGGACGAUGCACAAACAAAAAGGAGAAGGUCAUUCACAUCAUCGACUUUGGAUUGGCCAAAGAGUACAUAGACCUGGAGACGAACAAACAUAUACCCUAUCGAGAACACAAAAGCCUUACGGGCACGGCGCGUUAUAUGAGUAUCAACACGCAUCUGGGAAAAGAGCAGAGUCGGAGAGACGACUUGGAGGCCCUAGGGCACAUGUUCAUGUACUUCCUGCGUGGUACCCUGCCGUGGCAGGGGCUGAAGGCUGACACCCUGAAGGAACGGUACCAGAAGAUAGGCGACACGAAGCGGAACACCCCUAUCGAGGUUCUCUGCGACGGUCACCCCGAAGAGAUGGCCACCUACUUGCGAUACGUGCGCAGACUGGACUUCUUCGAGAUGCCCGACUACGAAUACCUGCGGAAGCUCUUCAGCGAUCUAGCGGAGAAGAGGGGUUUCGUCAACGACGGCGAGUUCGACUGGACCGGCAAGACGAUGCCAGAAAACUUCGAACAACUUAAAGCUCUUCGGAUGGCUCCUCCCUCUCACGUUGGGAAGACCAAGUCCGACGAGACUACGCCUGUCGGAUCGCUGCAGACCGGACAGGAGAUUAUCGUAUCGCCGAAUCGCGAUCGACAUCCCUAUAAGGAUGCGACAGGUGCAGGGGUGGGAGGAGAGGGCGGUAAAGGGGUGGGAACCACGUGGCCAGAUACUUUGAAGCAAUCUGGAGCUGGUGGUACAUUGACACCUGCUGACAGGCAUGGUUCGGUACAGGUGGUGUCCUCAACGAACGGGGAGUUGCAAAACGACGAUCCCACCGCAGGACACUCGAACACACCGAUUACAGCACCUCAAGAAGUGGACAUGGUCGACGAAACCAAUGUUGGCUUUAUUUACAGAUGCUGUUGCUUCUUCAAACGGAAGAAGAAGAAAAGUGGAAGGCAAAAGUGACUGUUCUCCUCGUUCACGAGGUGGCACUACAGUGCGUGUGUAACAGUGAGGAUGAAGUUUGGAAGAAGGAACGUAUCGCAGCGGCAGUGCGAAUCGGUGAACGCGACGGGACCACCGCUACCAGAGAAGCUGCGGCCGAUACGGGAAGGAGGGCAGCCGUUACCUAGCUACGUGCCGGAAGUCGGUCCGCUUCUUGAGAUUCGGUGCUGCACACCAUCGCCACGAUGACACGCCCGUAGCCACCGUUAUCAAAUUAAAUCACCACACAGCCAUCAUUAUUACUGCUAUUAUUAUUACCAUUAUUAUUAUCAUUACUAUUGUCACGAUUAACUUUUGCUCUUCUUCCUUUCCUUCUUACGUUUAUUAUUAUUAUUAUUAUUAUUAUUAUUAUUAUUAUUAUUACUAUUAUGAUUAUUAUCACGAUUAUUGUAUUAUUAUUUUAUUAUUAUUAUUGUCAUCGUCUAUGAUUAUCAUUGUCAUAUCUCGUUUACGAUCGUCGUUUAUUGGAUCAACAGUCGUUGUUAACGAUAUAUACAUACAUACUUGUAACUCGUCACCGUUGAUUAAGGACAGUUCCCGUGGCCGUCGUCGUCGGCCCCGACGAACAUUCAGUACUGGCAAAAAUCCGGUGUCCACCACCAACGUACACGUAAGAAGUAAGGAAUUGACGUGCCGAUGGUGAAAGAACGCGUUUGUGCCUACGACACUAUUAAUCAUGUACCCGCCGGCUGGCAAAUCAUUCAACAACCAACGCCGAUUACUGCGAAAUUAAAACUAAAAAAAAAAUAGAAAAAGGAAAAAAAAAACAAAAAAAAAAUGAAAGAAAAAUAUGUUACGAUACGUGUAUUAAAUCGUAAAUGAAUUGAAGCUGAGAUCUCAUUUCACUCUUAAUCGUCCCGGACAACGAGCGCGUACUCGUGUACUCCUGCUUGUUUAACGACGCUCGUGACGUCUGAUCGAGCUCCGGGGAAAGGCAUGAAACUGAAAGGACCAAUGCGUCGUUCGCGUGUACGCUCGCUAUGAUCGACGAUACCGAACGCAUCCGGCUUGACAAAGUAUUAAACGUUCGUGGAUCGCGUGAGAUAGUUCAUCGUACCGCGAUCGAUGUAAUUUUGUCGGAUCUUGUCGUCUAUUUUCAACCGACAUGUAUAUUUUUUUUCAAACUAAAUCAGUUGUUCAAUACAGGAAUCAGCAAACCUUUCGAAGGGCGUGAACGAUUCCAGGGCUGGAGUUAAGGUUCAUCCAAACGUUUUUGACCCUAGGUUUUUGGUCCACUUCGGUAUAUGAAGGAAAUAUAAAUAUAAAGAAAAUGUUGGAAAUGGAAGAGAAGGAUAUAUACCUGUAUAAAGAAAGUUACACAAGAGUGCUGAAAAAUUAUUUUGUACACUUACAAUAAAGAGGUUAUGUUCGAGUAAAACAUCAGUCCAACGGAUAGUGAUGGCUUCGUUUAGUUGAAGAUGUACCAAACCUUGUGGUCAAAAACUACCUGUCGCAGUUUGCCGACCUCUGGUCGAACGAGACUCCUCAAUUUAGGAUGAAUUGUCCCUUUAAUUUCAUAGAGGACACGAAGCAAUCGUAUAACAGUAUUAUCGCUAUCGAUAAGUAGCCUCCAAGGUCGUGCUGGAUUGUGCUCAUCGUAACCUUAGUUGAUUAAUCUUUAUUUUACAUAACGAUUUUUUACGCCGACACUGCCUGUCGUUGCUCUAUGUAAGUACGCCGUUAUACACGAAGUCACUGUAUACUUUUUUCACCAUGCGCGCGAGUUCCGCAUCGCUUCGAAAUAAACGUUCAAAUUGGUAGUCAUUAAAGAUGGGCAAAAUUAUUAUCUAUAUUACAACUUUUGAUCCGUCAUUUGUUCUAAAAUAAUAUCAUAUUACGGUUUAACGAAUAAAAGCUUAUUUCAAUAGAAUAAACCACUACGUGGUGCUAUUAUCUGCCCUCGAUUAUUAGAAUAAAAAUGAUGCCCAUCUCUCAGAGUCAUUACUUAAACAGAAGAAACUUAAAAAAAGAAAAUUCCAAGUACAUCGACUUCAGUUUCAUGCCUUCCGCGAAAUUAUCACGCGAGAAGCGUAAUAGGUCGCAAAAUUCACGCUACAUUUUACAUAACAUAUCGAAAGGGUAUAAGAAAAAAAGAACGUAAAAGUUUCUUGUCUGUAGAUUCUAAUCGUCUACCGUGAAAAAAAUUUCGUAGUACGAUGUAGAGAUGUCGACAAAUUAUACGUACGUAUAAUACAACUGAUCCGUGUUCCACCAAACGCGAAGAUUCGAGGCAAGAACCGCUUACCUCGAGUCGAAAGUAUCGUCUACGAAGCGAAUUCUGCUAGUUUCGAACAAAUUUCGUUUUUAUUCGUGGAACACGUGUGUUGAUGAACACACCUAACUAAGAGUGUAACGGAUAGAAAACCAAAGUAUGCCUGUAAUUGAUUAUACAUCAAUAUAGCACUGAUUUUAAAACAAUGAAAAACACCCGAGGAAACAAACAAACAGAAUUUCCUUCAAACGAAACGCCGGAUCGACGUCAACAAUAUUGGAUUCGAGUCGAAAAAGAAAUACGAAAAGAGAACAAAAAAAAAAAUGUAAAAAUGAACGUGAUACCGAUAACAGUCCUACGAACUUACUUUGUGUAGAACUUUGUCGAGGACUUGUUUAAUAAGUUAUUUCCACAAAGUUACGAGAGGAAGAGGGGUUACGAAGUGAUAUAAAUAUAUAUGUAUAGAAAUCCCUGUGGAUGUUCUCGAAAUGCACCCAAGGAAUGAAGAGAUACUUAAUGCGAGUAUGCCCGCGAAGCUGAUAGCAAAGGAGAUAAGGAUCUUGGCAGCCCUGCCGAUUAAACGAUCAAGUAAGAGCGUUUUGGUCCGUCGGCGUUACAACGUUUUGUUACAAAUUCGCGAUACACGAAUGUUAGUCUUUUAAACGAAUCAUUUCACUGGACUCGUUAAAAUUGUUCAUCGGUGAAUUCGUGCCUCAUCAACCGUUCGUUUGUUUGCAGACUGAUUAACGAUAAAGCGAUUCUUCGAUACACCUUCGUUUCUCUCAUGUUUCGAAAAUAGAUGGGACUUCCUAAUGAUACAUAUUACAGCAUACACGAUGUAGAUAUUAAGAUAAAGAAUUACCCCCCGAGGUGUUUGAAGCACGUAAACUAUGCCAAGUUUUCACAAAACGUCCUUUCGUUCUUCGUCGUACCCGCGGAAGGGUGUUACACACAAAGAGCGAUAGAUGAACAUGUCCAUAUCUCUAAAUAUUACCAAUAAACGUAUUACGUAUAGGUGUACAAGAAAGUUACUAUUCGAAAGUAAAAUGCAUGUAUCGCCGUAAGUAUACCAGUAGUUGCAGGAGUAAAUAUGCUAUCGUUAGACUGAUAAAGGGCACCGACGAUAACAAACCAAGAAAACUGUCGCGGCGAUGUUGCGUCUCGUUGGAUAAUCGCUGCCCCGAUAAAAAGAAAAAAAAUGACGGAACAGAUUAUAAACGUUUAAUCGAUGUGUAAUAGUUCUUUCAUCCUAGAAUUAAACAAAAUAGUAGCAUCGUCCAAGUGGCCACGAAUUUGUAACAAAACGAACGUUCGACUCAAAGAAGCGCCUGUUUAAUCGACUAGUCAGCAGAGAUAUUUUCCUUGCAGGAGUAUAUUAAUGGGCGAUGGUGUAAACGACACCAAACGUCAGUUUGUCGUGUCCGAAGGUCCGAACUUCUGCUAGUCUGGCCGACGAUUGCGUACCACUAUCGAGGCAUGACAAUGUAUCCGUGUUAGACUUCGAACAACCAUCGACUCUUCAGCGCAAGAGAGUUAGAUCUAGGUGGUCAAAUGCAUGGAUCUCUGUAGCAACGUUAGACAGGGAUUACUACGUGAUUACUUUUGUAACAAUUGCUCACAAUUGUCAGACUCGUCGCUAACUGUAAACUACAUUUGUAUUCCGCAAUCGUAAAUCACUAAUUUGAAAUCUGUCAAAGUCAACGAUUAUUCAUUAACAUGUUCAAUGCCACACGUUACAUAUGUAUGACAACGAUGACUUUCCACUUUAUGUUGAACGAAAUGCUAUAGACCAGUGUCGCAUUCGUGCGAUGUAUUACUCAGAAUAUUCGAUUGGCCUAUUUAGUACACUUUAUUUGUAUAUAGUUGAAAGCACGCGCUGCGUUGACUAAAAUUAUUAAACGCGUAGUAUGGUCUAUGGUAGACGGUUUGAAACGAUGGUAGCGAACAUGUUAAUUAUUGAUCAUGGUUACCGAUCAUUCGGUCAUCGUAAUCGUGGCUUAUGUUUUAGCGAACGCAUGCAUAUUUCCACGACUAUAGGACAAUGCUAUCAGACUUCUGCCGACUCUCAUGCGACGGAAAGUCGAUAGUUGUUCGAAGCCUUGGCGUACCGUGAGUGUCCGUGCACGUUGUAUCCACUAUUUAAAAUGACCAAGCACAGCCGACGACGAAACGAUCUGAUGUACUUAGAGAGCGUAUCCAGGAUUCGACGAAACGUGCGGGGUUAAGCGUGUCGCGCGUUUUUCGUCUGCGAACGACACGCUAAUUAUCGGCCGUCGGGUGUCUUGAUGUAAUACGCUUAAACAGAGAUAAGAGCUGAAACCAUUAACUCUGGGAAUUUCCUCUCUCGUUAUACCUGUAUCUUUCCCACUAGAUACGCGCCGAAAGUAUUGUUCCUUUUGUAAGCUUGCCAGCGCAAGUAAUCGUCGAACAAUCGGACGUUACGUUUGUAUUACAGUGGCGAGAAAAGGGAAUGAGAAGUGCGAAAGUGUCGAAGAGAGAGUGGACCGCGGGAAUGUGAACCAGAGCGGGAGAAGGACAGACGGAAUGAUGAAGUGACAGGGACCUAGGGGAGAAAGGGAGAAACAAAGGCGGUAGGACCGUCGUCCUCCUGUGCUGAAAGGGAAUGAAUCUUUUUAUGUUACUCGAAUGCUUAAGCAAAUGUCUCUUAAGUUUUCUUAUUUACGUCGACCAGAGAUGGGACAAAUUCUUAUUUUAUCUUGCGUAGAUAGAAAUUACAAUUGGAAUUAGACAAUUAAAUUAUAUUUCGCGUGGAAUGAAUAGAAGCUUAAACCAAUAACUGUUUUCUCGAGGAAGGGUAGCAAAUAAAUCGUCGUGCAUUGUUCGAAUAAAAUUUUGCCUAUCCCUGAUGUCGACGAUCAGCAUGAUCUCUUGACGAAUAACACAUAUACAUGUAUACGCAUCUCUUAACGGGACAAACGCAUACACAUACAAUUCCGCAACUUGGCUAUACAAUGAAGAGGAUAACUGAACCAGUACACUGUGAGCGAUAAGGAAAAUAGAAAGAAUAUAGCGCGAUCUUAGACAAUGUUUUGCAUCUAAAGUAUGUACUCUGUAGUACACUGUUCCAGAACUAUUUGAAACGAGUAACAUACACCUUCUAUUUUUAUUAUUGGUUCAGUUAUGCUUCUUCCUGUAUAUUGUUUAUGAAUUCCAAAUUUAAGAAACAGUGUCUCCACAAAGAGAGGAAGAGAUCGAGUGGCCGAACGAGCGAGAGAUGUCGAGUGAAUUUAAUGAACGCAAGAGCCUCUGUAUAUCGCUACCCUGCCACAAACCAUUGGCGUGAUUAUGCUGCAACUAUGUUGCAAUUUAGCUUGUAGUUUUUUUAGUCGAUUUUUAAAUACAACACGACUGACUGCUGGUUAAGUAUGGUUGUGAGCGAACAAAGAGGUAGAAACGUUUCUUUGCACGAUCUAGGAUACCUUCGUUCUUUAAUCUUGAAUUUUAUUUUUAAUUGUUUAUUUCUUAUUCGUUCUUAUACUCGGUACUGAAAGGCUGUUACGUUCGUCCCCAACGACGAUAUUAUCCAUUUAUAUCGAUGAAAACGGUGAUUCAGUUUAAAAGCGAUUAUUUGUAUAUUUGUAAAUUGGUGCGAAUAGAUCGGACCAUGUUCAACGUAUGCGUAUAUGUGUCUUUCAUUUCCUUGCUCUCAAUCAGAUGUAACGUAAUGAUCAUUCGUUUCUCAAUCGGGAGGAUGACGGGAUGUUUCGACGGGACUUGAACCGUGCAUAAAAGAUACACGCUUUCGUUUUGUAUCAUUGUAAAUCAUGUCAUGCUAUCUAUUGAGAAACUGAUCAGUUGUUUCUUUAUUGUCUACGUUGAUUGUGAUAACUAUCUUCUGUGAAACUAUUACUUUCCGUCUAUUUUCUGUGGAUACGAUACACAUGGAAUCAUCUUUCCCAGUUGUUUCAUAUCUUUGGCUCGCUUUUUAUUGUGAAGCAAGGAAACUUGUGAUUGGAUUUUCAUUUAUUGGAUGUGCCUGCUUCUGAAUGUUGACAACACUUAUUAAAAAUGCAUUGAAACCAGAGGUGGACAAAAUUAUAUCCGCAGAGUAAACGACGAAUAAAAUCGGCAUCCAACAAUUACAUUGCGACGUUUGUUCAAUCGAAUAGUUACCGAGACAAUUCUUGUUCGUCUAACGUGAUAUAUAACAUAAAUCUAUAAUUGAAAUUCUAAAUUUUAUUCGUUAUCGAAGAUGUGUAUUUAUACAAAGAGUUUGCCCAUCUCUGAUUCAAAGUGUAAUCGCUGGGUCGUGCUUUUAUAGUGAAUUUCUUGCGCAAUAACGUUACUUUGUAUACGUGGUUCAGUCAUGCGACUAAUGUACGAAUUUUUAUGAAUAUUAUUACUAUUAUUAUUAUUAUUAUUAUUAUUAUUAUUAUUAUUAUUAUUAUUGUUUUUCUAGCAUGUAUUUGUUGCUAAAGGAUUGUACGUAGCUUGUGUUCAAUGAUUAUUUGCCACUUGUAUGGAAUUGGCAGCUCACGUGCAUUACGAUAGUGUGCCCAUGUAUAAUGAGUGUAUUUGACGACGUUAUGGACAUUUUGAGAAGUUUAUCGAUAAUAGUGACGAGACGUUGUGCUGUGGCGGAACAGAAACAAAAAAAAAAUCGGGUAUCGGUUAAAUCUUUCUUUUGUAAAUAGAAAUUAUUGGAAUGAACAGAAGUACGCACACGGAGACACGAAGAGUUAGGAAAUAAUGAAAUGUCAGAUAUGUCAGGGAGACUGUAUCAGCUUCAAAUUAUAUAUACGUAUUCAUAUACAUAAAACUAUAUCAAUAAUGGCGAUUAAUAAGCUACAUUAUUACUACAGUAAUCGAUACUGUCGCACCGACGGCAGCAACCGACUAAUUUUAUUACCACGUAAUCGUAACGAUGCCAGUGAGAAAGUGGAGGUGUGUUCUUUACGACGAAAUCGGACAAAGAAGCAUGAGAUCGUAAUUAUUCUAUUUGCUAAUUUAUAGAGACAAUUUAAACGGUGUCCAAAUAUGCUUCGAAGUGUUUUUGUCCAUUUCGUACAUGUCUACAAACACAAAACAGACAGAUGUCCGAAGUUUUUGCGAGGAUAUGCUAUUAUUAACGAGAACGAAAUUGUUCACUUUUAACGUGCUUUUUUGUUAUAAUUAGUGGACUCGUCGUUUUCUUUCCACUUGUGAAACCCAUAAUCUAAUGAACAAUUAAAGACGAAGAAAUUAAUGUAAAUAGAAAUUAAAAUUUGUUUGAGUACUA